GCCUAAUGCUUUAGGGGCUCAAGAUGUUCUCCUUAGCUGUUCUUGUUAUCCUGGGACUUUCCACUGCCAGUCAAAGCUUAGAGGAGCAUCUGACUGGCCAUGAAAAUGGAACAAUUGAUGCCAAUGGAGUUUGCCAGUGCUCAGUGUUUCUUCCUGAUCCAACCUUUCCUGUAGAUAGGAUGGAAAAAGUGGAAAUGACUUCAAACUCUUUAUCAAUACUGGUUGAACAGGAGCUUUUAAAGAUCCAGGAGUCCAUGACCAAGAUUUCCAUCUUUGAAAAGCGCAUGCACAAUCUCACUAUCCGCAUUGAAAAGAUGGAAAGCAGUGGAAUCACAUACACCGAGCUGGACUUUGAGCUGCUCAAACUUGAAAUCAGAGAGAUGGAAAUGCUUAUCACUCAACUGAAGGGCAGUUUCUCUGGCAGCAAUGUUAUUGUUGACCAGCUCUAUGCCGAGAUCAAAAACAUGAGCCUUACCAUCACUAGCCUGGAAACGUUAGACAAAAACAACGUACUUGCCAUACGUCGGGAAAUUCUUUCUCUAAAGAAGAAACUGCAAGAUUGCGAAGAGUAUAAAAAUCACACCAAUCCUGGUCCUACCCAGCCUCCAGUCAUUUAUGGUUCCUGUAAUCAUGGCCUCAUUUUAGACAUUAGCCAACCAUUUGUUGCACAGUUGAACUGGAGAGGAUUUGAAUACAAGUCUGGUGCCUGGGGAAAAGAUCCUGAACCUGAACCCCCAAAGAAAGAACUUUACUGGCAAGCCCCCCUGAAUACAGAUAACCGAUACAUGGAGUAUUACAGGUACUACCUCUCUUAUGACAACUUCCUGCUCUAUAAAUAUCCAUCACAGAACAGAGUUGUAUAUGGACAAGGAAGUGGCAUGGUGGUAUUUAAAAACCAUUUAUAUUACAACUGCCACUCUUCGAGGGACAUCUGCAAGCUUAACCUUGACUCAAAUAAUGUAGUACUGAGGAAAACGAUUCCAAAUGCUGUGUAUGAGAACAGGUUUUCCUACACAACCCCAUGGCAGGAUAUUGAUAUUGCUGUAGAUGAAAGUGGGUUGUGGGUCAUCUAUGCUACUGAGCAAAGCACAGGCAACAUUGUGAUCAGUAAACUGAAUGAGACCAGCCUGGAGGUCCAGAGAACAUGGACAACCAAGCAGUACAAACCUUCAGUUAGCAAUGCAUUUAUUGUGUGUGGAGUUCUGUAUGCUACUAGGACUGUAAACACGAGACAGGAGGAAAUAUUCUAUGCAUAUGACACAAAUACUGAGCAGGAGAGCAAGAUCAGUCUGUCAUUCAAUAAGAUGAUGGAGAGUAUUUAUGGUGUUAAUUACAAUCCCAAAGAUCAUAAGCUCUAUGUGUACAAUGAUGGCUAUCUUGUGAACUAUGACCUCAGUUUUAAUCCCAAUCCUGAAGCCACUAAGGGUGUCUAAAGUAUUCAUUGUCUGAUCUGAUCAUGUUGUGUUAUUCAAAUGCAUAUUUGUACCUUUUUGUGGUUCUGCUGCCUAUUCUGAACAUUUUUACCUGGCAUUUUAACUCAUGUUUUAAUAAACAUUUUUAAAGCCUU